GUUCCCCUUUUGAGACAAGAGACUUCAAACACCGAUGCACCAGAUGUGGGUGAUCUGACAGGUCAGAACAGCAAUGACAGUACCAGUGGUCCUGGUGCGCCUGGCACACCAAAUUCUCAGGGUAUGAGGCCAACGCCCUCGCCCACUGGCUCAACGGGCUCUCGCUCCAUGUCACCCGCUGUUGGCCAACAGAAUAUUCCAAUGCCUCCACGCCCUUCCAGUGGCCAAUCUGAUGGAAGUGGACCUGCACGCAUGAGUCAUUCUCCCAUGGCCACUCCAGGUGGUUAUCAACAACCGUUGGGGCCACCACACAUGCAUGGUGCUUACAAGAUUGGGUCUCAUCCUCCUGGAAUUGUACCUCCUACAGGACAGCAAAUGGGACCCUACACCCCCCCAAGUCAACAGUAUUCACAAGGUAACUACGUUGCACGUCCACAAGGGCAAUUAGGCAACAUGCAGUAUGGGCCAACCCAUGGAUAUGGUCAACAGAAUCCUCAGGGUAAUAGUUUGAGUGCAGGCCAAUACCCUAAUCGUCCCAUGCCAAAUCAUGUGCCUCAUUCACAGUUUGGUGGCUACCAGGGCUGGGGCAGUCCUGGCAUUGGCCAGGGUCCGCCCUCUAAUGCAGUGGGCACUCCGGGAAAUCAAAUGCCUCCCAAAGGACCAGGACCUGGUCCAGGGCCUGGCAGUGGCCCUCAACCGCCAAGUGCAUCAACUCAGGGCACAAAUGCUAGCACAGGGCCUCGUUCUCUUACUCCACCUCAUUACCUCAAGCAGCAUUUGCAACACAAAAUGUAUGGAAGCUCAGGAUCAAGUAUACCCCCUAGUGCUGGAAGUCUGCAAGUGGGAUAUGGUGGCAGCCCUUCUGUCGGCUCCAAUUCUGGGGUGGGUGUGGGUCCCAGCCCAAGUUUAGGCCCUGGCAUGGGUUCUGCUGGAGGCAUUCAUCAUCACGGUCCUGGCAGCAUGAACUCACCCAUGGGACCUCCAGCAUCUGGUCACCUACAUCCAGGCAUGGGACCUCCUGCACCCAACAUGGGGCCACCUGGUCCUAGUGGAAUGGGGCCUGGAAACCCUGGAAUGGGUCCACCCUCUUCAGGAACUUCCAGUUCAACUAAUAAUUCGGGACCUAUGGCUGUAUCCUCACCAAGUGCAGUUCUCCAGGGAUCGCAGGGUCCAUCUGUUUCUACUAAUGCUGCUUCUCCAGUACCAAAUAGUCACCAUGAUGGACCUAUGCCUCCACCAAUUACAUCGAGUAAUUCAAAUUUGUCUCAUCCUCCUCCGGCAGGACAGGUGCCUAGUGGCAGUCAUCCAGAAAUUAAUUCAGUAUCUGAAUCUCCUCAUGAUAAUGGGAUAGCCACAACUACAACAGUUGCAGGUACCACACCAACAAAUGUGACACCAGCUACUCCUGGAACAGUAACAUCUGUUGUGACCACUGGUCCAGAUGGCACUCCAUUGGAUGAGGGAUCUCAGCAGUCAACUCUUUCAAAUGCUUCGCAAGCUUCUGGGGAGGAUCAGAAUUGUACUCCAAAAUCACGGAAAGAUGGUUCUGUUGUUGGUGGCUACCAUAGCCAUCCACCUACACCUCAAAGCACUGUUCCUUCUCCUGGGGCGGCUAGCUUGAAUUCUGUUCAUGAGGAAUACGAUGUAAAUAGUCCUAGCUGGCCAAGAACACCUGCAAGUCCUAAACCUGACAGCUUGUGCAAGCUGUAUGAAAUGGAUGAUAGUCAUGAACGACGUAUGUGGUUGGAUAAACUGCUUCAGUUCAUGGAAGAACGUGGUACUCCUAUUUCUGCAUGCCCCACCAUCUCCAAGAACCCCCUCGAUCUCUUUCGCCUGUACCUGUACGUGAAGGAGAGAGGGGGCUUCAUGGAGGUAUGCAAGGUGACUAAGAAUAAGACAUGGAAGGAUAUUGCUGGGUUGCUUGGUAUUGGAGCUUCAUCAAGUGCUGCCUACACAUUAAGAAAGCAUUACAUGAAAAAUCUUCUGGCUUAUGAGUGCCAUUUUGAUCGUGGGGGUAUAGAUCCACAAUCGAUUAUUAAUCAAGUGGAAGCAACAUCUAAGAAAAAGGGUCCGAAGGCGGUAUCUGUACCUUCUCCAGGCUCAAGUGGUGCUUCAAUGGAUGGGUUUUCUUAUGGAUACCCACCUGGCAGUACUCCCGACUUCAAUACUCCUUUACAACGACCUGCCUCUCAAACUAAUGCUCCUUCUCCUCAUCCAGACUCAAUGACACUGAAUCCAAGACACUGCUUAUCUACCUGCCCGCUAGGUGUAGGGGUGCCGACGCAAGGUCCGGGGGAUAACAUUAGCGUUUCCAACCCUUUUGAUGACGUGGGUCCCCCAGGCCAGCCCCCAGGCCAGCGGCUGGGCUUGCCCAAUUCGUAUGGACCAUCCUAUGGGCCUGCGGGUGGCUCCCCUCGCCCCCAAGGUAUGCACGAACAAGAGCUUGUCCUUUGCCUGUCUUAUGUUUUGUUCUGUUUGGAUUUUUAUGGAAGUAUGGUUUGA